CGGUAACCUAAGUUUUCCAGGGGAUGUAUUUUGGGGUUGUCUCUAAACGUGACUUAUGUGUAACAGAAAUUAUUCUCGUCUGAAGGAUAUUUUAAUACUUCUCUUGUCCAGUUUUGUUUAUAUGGACAUUUGUAUUUCGUCCGUAACAAUUGAGGUGAUUAUUCUUGGUCCGGUUUCCUUCUGCUUAAAGUCGCAACAGAAAGAAAUUAAAGAGUUUUUAUAACGAGGCAGUAAAGAUGCCUGUGGGAGCCUUACAGACGCUCAACAGGGUCAUUUGGGGAAGAUGUUUAUUGAAAGCUGGAUCACAGAGCUGCAGGUGUGAUGUGAACUGGCAUUUAAGAAGAUUUCAUGGAUCUCCUAAAGAUGACAUCAAGUCACUGCGGGCGGUGCUCAACCCUGACAUUUCUAAGAUCCGAAACAUCGGAAUCAUGGCUCACAUCGACGCAGGAAAAACGACCACAACAGAGAGGAUGUUGUAUUACUCUGGCUAUACGAGAGCAUUAGGAGAUGUGGAUGAUGGAGAUACAGUUACAGAUUUCAUGGCUCAAGAGAGGGAGCGUGGUAUCACCAUACAGUCCGCAGCUGUCACAUUUGAUUGGAAAAAUCAUCGUAUCAACCUCAUAGACACACCGGGACAUGUUGACUUCACGUUGGAGGUGGAACGGGCGCUUCGUGUUCUUGACGGGGCGAUAGCUGUUUUUGAUGCGUCUGCAGGCGUGGAGGCUCAGACUUUGACGGUGUGGCGGCAGGCAGAGAAGCACCACAUCCCCUGUGUUUGUUUCCUGAAUAAGAUGGACAAGCCUACAGCAGACUUACAGUUCUCAAUUGAAAGCAUUAGACUGAAACUGAAAGCCAACCCAGUCGUCCUGCAGUUCCCUAUUGGCAGCGGGAGGAACUUCACAGGCGUGGUUGACCUAUUGACCAAUCAGAAGCUCACGUGGAAGCCAACAUCCACACGGGAUGAUGGACGAACAUUUGAGGUCAAACAUCUCGGCCAGUCUGAUGAUCCAGAACUCUUGCAAGCUGCUAAAGAGGCCAGAGCAGCGCUUAUUGAGCAGGUGGCUGAUCUGGACGAUAAGUUUGCUGAGCUGCUGCUGACUAAUUAUGGUGACAAUUUUGAUGGCGUUCCUGCAAACCUACUGCAGGAAGCUGUGCGCCGAGUGACCCUGGCCCGGAAAGGCGUACCAGUGCUCUGCGGGAGCUCGUUAAAAAAUAAAGGUGUUCAGCCUCUGUUAGAUGCCAUCACUGCUUACCUGCCUAAUCCCAACGAACGGCACCAUGACCUGGUAUGCUGGUACAAAGAGGACCUGUGUGCCUUGGCCUUUAAGGUUCUCCAUGACAAGCAGCGUGGUCCCCUGGUUUUUCUACGGAUCUACUCCGGAACUCUAAAAGCACAGACAGCAGUCCACAACAUCAACCGGAACAGCACGGAAAGGAUGAGCAGGCUGCUGGUGCCCUUUGCUGAUCAGCACGUGGAAAUCCCCUCAAUGAGUGCAGGGAAUAUCGCCCUGACUGUGGGACUCAAGCAGACUGUCACAGGAGACACCAUCGUCUCCUCUAAGGCGUCAGCAGCUGCUGCUCUUUGUCGAGCCCAAAAUGACAGCGGGGUGGGGAAGAAGCGAGGAGGGCAGGCCGACAUCAUCCUCUCUGGAGUGGAAGUCCCUGAUCCCGUCUUCUUCUGCACCAUAGAACCCCCAACCAUGGCCAAACAGGCGGAUCUGGAGUUUGCGCUAAACUGCCUGCAGAGAGAAGAUCCCAGCCUGAAAGUCCGAGUUGACCCUGAUUCUGGUCAGACUGUCCUGUGUGGGAUGGGGGAGCUGCACAUCGAGGUCCUCCAUGAUCGAAUCAGACGAGAAUACGGCAUUGAAACGCAGCUGGGGCCACUGCAGGUGGCCUACAGAGAAACUAUUCUUCAACAGGUCUCAACUACGGACACACUGGACCGAACCGUGGGGAGCAGAAGGCAUGCUGCAUCAGUGAAUCUGACCGUCAGACCGGUGGACAUGGCCUCGUGUGAAGUAGCAUUUACAGAAGAACUACAAGAGCAGAUCUCACCAGAAAUAAAAGAGGCUGUGGAGAACGGAGUACAGAGCUCAUUUCUGCAAGGCCCGCUGUUGGGUUACCCCAUGAAAGGCGUAUCCACUCUGAUCCAUAGCAUUUCUGUGGAACCGGGGACGUCGCCGGCCAUGGUGUCCGCCUGUGUGUCCCGCUGCAUGUUGAAGGCCCUGAGGCUGGCAGGAGGACAGGUCCUGGAGCCCGUCAUGUCCCUGGAGGUGACCCUUGGAGAGGAGCACCUCAGCUCCGUGUUGGGGGACUUGGCCCAAAGACGGGGGACAGUGAGAGACAUCCAGACUCGUCACGACAACAAGGUGCUGCUGGCCACUGUGCCCCUGGCUGAAAUGAUGGGUUACUCCACCGUCCUGCGAACUGUGACCUCUGGAAACGCCACUUUUUCCAUGGAGCUGGACGCCUAUGAGGCCAUGAACCCUCAGGAGCAGAGCGCACUUCUUAAAAGAAUGUCUGGCCUGAUGUGA